AGUUAUGCAAACAGGUAUUGGCCUUGCAUGAGUCUGCAGAAACGACCCCUGAGUGUCUGCAAGCCGAGAGGGUGUGGAUAUGGAGGAAGUCGGGGGUAACCGACUGAAAUGGGGAAUCUCCGCCGACCUCGGCUCCAGCUGCCCCGGCCGGUGUCCGGAGCCAGACCAAUCCGGUGAUUGCGGGUGGUUCCUCCGGCUUUCGCUCGCCGGUCUGAUGCCGACAUUCCCUUCGCAACACCACUCACUACUAUCAUGGCAUCCAGCAACAAACCACACUCCUGACCCCGAGGUACUCCCGUCUAUCCUUUCUAUCGGCCCGUCCCUUAAUAAUCUCCCAUCGCAUCCCGUGCUCGUAUCGAGUCCUACUGUCCUACCUUUCCUCUAUGCGACUUAUCACUCUUCCCCUGCUGAGCUUAGCAAUCCCGCUCUAUCCGGUUCCGCAUUGAUUCUAGCAUCCUCCAGUCGGUACUUAAAAGAUAGUGCAUGCUCCCUGGCUAGCAGCCCCACCUCCAAGCUCAUUUAUUCUACAAUUCUACCAUGGUGGGACCGCGUGGUCUGACGGCGUGGAGUGAUGCCUAAAAGCUGGUUUCUGACCCUCUUACUAAUUGGAUAGGACCCCGUGACGCCAGAGUUAACCUUGAGGGUCCGGCUGCUUAUAGGUACAGGGGACGGGCAUUCAGCAC